UAUAAAUCCAGGUCUGCUAGAGUUCCGAACCACCGAGUAUGAUGUAAAUGGAAAAUGAUGGAUCCUUGCUUGUUUGUGACAGGUACGGUAUAUGUGAAUACAGUUGAACUUCCUAACCCGAAUCCACAUUAUCUACCAAAAAGUUCCGAGUUACGGAGAGUAAUUUAUAUGAAAUUCGACUUCUAUUGCCAAUUCAAGAGUUCGAGUUAAGGCGAUCUUCGACUUAUAGAAGUUCGAGUUAUGGAAGUUCCACUGUAUAUAUAACAAAUUUUUCGUUGCACAAAAUUGUUUUCGGAAAUGCGAAAUUUUGUCACCCAUACAUUUGUCGGUCUUAGGUAUUUUCAUGCACAACUACUUGGCAAGAAAUUAUUUCCUUAGUUUUGCUGUGAAGUGAAGUGUAACAACUUGCGGUUUGAGCGCAAUAAAUCAAAUGACGACAAAAGUAGCCGGUAGUGCAACUGUAGAUUUGGUCCAUGAAAUCUGUGCAGCCUUUAUAAAAGCAGCAAGUGUUGUUACAAUUUCUUCACUCACUUUUGGAGAACAGUUAGCAAUGUGCCACUUACCUUUGUUGUUGAUACUACCGCUUUCCACGUUAGCGCUGUCACUAUGUGCCGGCCAAGCAUUGCAGCCAGAUAUACAAAAUAUAUGGGAGUCUUUUGCACCAGGCGAACUAUUACGCCUCUUGGAAGAUGCUACAUACACAACACCGUUUAAAUAUAACGUCAUAGCACAACGGCGUUCAGAUGUGGAGAAUGCACCAACACCGGAUGGCACAAUUUAUUCAACACCGGCGUCAAUACACAAGCGUGCUGAUACAGCAACCGACAAUAUACAAUACACCGCUGAAGAUCAAUUAAAUGCACCCUCAAGUGAUGAAUUCAACUAUGACCAGGCUUAUGAAGAAUUUGUGCGCAAAUAUUUUGGUGAUAAACUAGCAGAAGACAGCGAUUCAAAUGAAAAGCAUGAAGCAGCACUUGAUGCGGAAGAAAGCGAAGAAGCGGAACAAUUGGAAACGGAACACGAUGAUUCAACGGAAACGGAACUUUUGACAGAGGAAACGAAAAAUCGCACACAACGUAAGACAAAAGAGAAAUGCCGACAUAUCAAAAAGAAAAAGCAGAAUUGUCUGAUUUGCGAGAAUGCACGCACAGGCGAGAAGUCGGAAACAUGCUCCUUCUCGCGUGCAAGUGAACCGCAGCGUUAUGCUUUCGAAAAAGAAACUAGUUACAAAAAGCAACGUGAUGCUGACGAGCCUACAACGCAAAGCGGCGAGCAAACGUCUUCGGAAGAAGCAGAAGUGGCGGAAACAGCGCCAAUUGUCAAAAAAGUUGACCAGAAAGCUCUUCUAGGCAAGCGCAAGCACGAGAAACCGCCAAAAGAUAGCAGCACUUGCUUGCAAUUGAUCAAAGAAGGCAAGAUUUGCUAUCAGUGCGUCGAUAGUGACGGCACCUCCACCAAAUGUUAUGUGCCCCGUAAAACAACAAGUAACGACAGCAAAAAUAGGCAGCGACCGGCCAAAGACAACGAGCACAAAGUGCAGAAAGCGCAGCAGCGCAUUUACAAACGUACCAUUUCCUAUUCUUUCGAGAAGGGCACCAAUGGCACUAUGGACAAUGAACCAACAAUUGCUGUGACGCAGUUGCAAAAUGCAACCGUCGCAAACAGUGCACCACAUUUGAAGCAGAAGAUAUUCAUCAAGGUGGUUAAGCAAAAUGAAACCAUAGCGGAGUAGUUUAACCUCAAAUUCUGUUCACUUCACUAUUCAAAUUGAAAUG